AUGAAUGACUACCAUCUCGAGGAUACCACGUCUGAACUUGAAGCAUUAAGAUUGGAGAAUGCACAAUUAAGAGAGCAGCUUGCCAAGAGAGAAGACAGCAGCCGCGACUACCCAUUAUCUUUGGAAGAAUACCAACGUUACGGAAGACAAAUGAUUGUUGAAGAAACAGGUGGUGUAGCAGGUCAAGUCAAGUUGAAAAAUACAAAAGUUUUGGUAGUUGGUGCUGGAGGUUUGGGAUGUCCCGCCUUGCCCUACUUAGCGGGCGCUGGCGUGGGCCAAAUAGGCAUAGUAGAUAACGAUGUGGUGGAGACUUCCAAUUUGCAUAGGCAGGUUCUUCAUGAUUCUAGCAGAGUUGGAAUGUUGAAAUGUGAGUCGGCCAGGCAAUAUAUCACGAAACUGAACCCACACAUUAACGUCGUUACCUAUCCCGUUAGAUUGAACUCCAGUAAUGCUUUUGACAUUUUCAAAGGUUACAAUUAUAUAUUAGACUGCACAGAUUCUCCAUUAACGAGAUACCUGGUGUCUGAUGUUGCAGUUAAUCUGGGAAUAACAGUAGUGUCUGCAUCCGGUUUGGGAACAGAGGGCCAGCUAACUAUAUUGAAUUUUAACAAUAUAGGGCCAUGCUACAGAUGCUUUUAUCCAACACCUCCGCCACCAAAUGCCGUGACCUCUUGCCAAGAAGGCGGUGUGAUAGGACCUUGCAUUGGACUAGUUGGAACAAUGAUGGCUGUAGAAACUUUGAAGCUUAUCCUAGGAAUCUACACCAAUGAAAAUUUUAGUCCCUUUUUGAUGUUAUAUUCAGGUUUCCCACAGCAGAGCCUGCGCACUUUCAAAAUGAGAGGCAGACAAGAAAAGUGUCUAUGCUGUGGUAAGAAUCGAACGAUAACAAAAGAAGCCAUCGAAAAAGGUGAGAUCAAUUACGAACUGUUUUGUGGCGCACGAAACUAUAAUGUAUGCGAGCCUGAUGAGAGAAUCAGUGUGGACGCAUUUCAGCGUAUCUACAAGGAUGAUGAAUUUCUAGCAAAACAUAUAUUUCUUGAUGUUAGGCCAUCCCAUCAUUACGAGAUAUCUCAUUUCCCUGAAGCAGUUAAUAUUCCAAUCAAAAAUCUAAGAGAUAUGAACGGUGAUCUUAAGAAACUGCAAGAAAAACUUCCCAGUGUAGAAAAAGACAGUAAUAUAGUGAUUCUUUGCCGCUACGGUAACGACUCUCAGCUAGCUACAAGAUUAUUGAAGGAUAAAUUUGGGUUUUCUAAUGUACGAGACGUGAGAGGAGGAUACUUCAAAUACAUAGACGAUAUUGAUCAAACCAUUCCUAAAUAUUAG